CAGUAAUCUUGGGAAAUUUAGUUAUUCUAAAAUGUCGACAUCCUGUGCCGUAAAUUCUUCGAGCAAUUCUGCUGCACCUGUAUUUGAGCUUAAGAAUGAUACUUGGACGGUUGCACAUCAGAAUAAUACCACUUUGGACAUGUCUCGUGUCACAAAAACACAGUCGAUCCAGGUGUGCGAGUGCAACGAUGUGAAGAUUGUCAUUCCUGAUAAGAUAGUAUCUCUUUCUUUGGUGAUGUGUAACAAGGUUGAAGUACAGCUUAACUCCUGUAUCACUGGUAUGGAAAUCACUAGUUGCAAUGGUGUUAUGGUACGAGUGUCUAGUAACCUUCCAUCAGCGGCCAUCGAUAAGUGCCAGCAGGUUGCAUUCUGGAUAACAAGUGCCAAUGCGGAGACUAUUAUGUUCACAUCAUGCAAAUCUGGUGACAUGAAUGUUAACAUUAACCGUAACACUAGUGGCAACGUUGACGAGGACGAUUGGAUUGAACGUCCAAUUCCCGAGCAAUAUGAGCACCGCUUCAAUGCCAAAUUGAAUCUUGAAAGCAAGCCAUCAAUGUUAUACUGAUCUUGUAGAUCUGUUUCUUAUACACUGCAAUAUAAAAUUGAAUUAA